AUGAAUUUACGACGCUAUUCCAGUCCAACGUACACAAACCUGAAUCGUCUGAUUGCUCAGGUGGUUUCAUCAAUAACAGCAUCUCUUCGAUUUGAUGGCGCGCUUAAUGUGGACCUCACUGAAUUCCAGACGAAUCUCGUUCCUUAUCCGCGAAUCCACUUUCCCCUCGUCACCUACGCUCCCAUUAUAUCAGCGCAGCUCACCUGCCCAGUAAGCGUUCUGGCUGUGGCUCAGCAGUCAUGGUACGUUGCACCGUGA